GGGCGAGAUGCGGUUCAGAAGCCUUGCUACGCUCGUUCACGCAUCGAUAAGGGUCCCUCUUCCCAGUACCAGCACCCAAGUUAUCCCGCCCUCUUAUCGGGACAUCCGCCGAGAUAGAUUCAAGGGAGGAGGCAACUUUUAAAGAAGAGUGAGUGUGUGAGGGAAGGAAGACGCUGGUGCUAGUUCAAGGACGUUGACGAAGAGUGAGUGACUACGAUAUUGUACAAAAGCGGCGACCAGAAGACACCAGGAGAUCACAAAGAUGAAUACUAUCAUCGGAUUACUCGUGCUUUGCACCAUAAGUGUCAGUCUAGCAAGCCCUCUUGAGAAGGUGGAUAAAAUCAGUGUGCUCGAGCAACAGACUGUCACGCUGUCCGAUCGUGCAAAAUACGAAGAGGAAUUGAUGCGUAAACUCAAUUCGAAGUGUACGCAGAAUGACAUAAGCAGUUGUGUUAUGCUCAAACUGGUGACAUACAUGAACAAGCUGUUGAAAAAGGCAUCGAUCGAGUUGACAGAUGACAUUGAGAUAAGAAAAACGAGUCAGGCCACGGAGGAGGUUGUGACGUUUGAAGCUGGUCGAAGCCAGGAUGAUGAGUCUGAGGUGCUUGACCUUAUCACGAGCAAGGCAUACUCCUUCGUUAAAUCGCGAAGCAUAAAGUGGCGAGUACUUCCCGAAGACGACGUUGUUGUCUCAGCUUCGGAAGAUGACAGUGGUUCUUUAAACCUUGGUCUCUCUAUCGAACGAGCCGAUAAUGCAGUCCAAGAUGGCCGUGGCAAGAAGAACAACAACAUGGGACCCCUUUUGGCUGCAGCUGUCCUGAAAAUUGGUCUUAUUGGUGGUUUAGCUUUCAAGGGGCUUGCUCUUCUCGUCGGUAAAGCUUUGCUACUUUCGAAGAUAGCGCUUCUCCUCGCAAGUAUAAUUGGCUUGAAGAAGCUCUUCUCACACGAGAAGCACGUUACGUAUGAGGUCGUCGCUCAUCCUCAUCACAGCUCGAGUCACUCGUUUAGCGAAGGACACGGUCACGGUGAUAGCUAUUCCAGCGGAUGGGCGAGAAGUUUUCACGGUCAGGUAGCCCCACUCGCUGGCUCACGAAGUCCACAGGAAAUGGCGUAUUCCGCUCACAUAAAGAAGGACAAUUAAGGCGAGCAUGAAGAAUUGCAUUGAUAGUGGUAGGCCAUGCGGUCUCCGCCGGGAUCAAGACGAAAGACGAGCGAGACGAGAGAAAGCAAAUGCAAGAGAAAGUGAAUGUAACCGCAUUCGAAGGAAGGAGGGAAAAAAGAAAAAAAUGCUUUUCCUUGGAUUUUUAAAAAGUGGGAAAAUCUCAAAACUCGUCUCACGCUUUCGUCAAUCGGGUUAUUUUCAUCGAUCCUACUAAACCGAAUUUCAUAAGCUCGACAAAUAGUUCACAUUCACCAGGGUCUAACGCUCACCAACCUCGAACCCCUGAAAAAAGUCUCAAUCCCCCGGUCGAUCGAAGCAAUCACAUCAGUCCCUGAACCAAUCGUCACGUUUCUCUCACUUUUAUUCAACUCGUUCUCGUCUCUUCUCGUUGUUACCUACCAAGCCUUAGAACCGAGCAGAAUGUCGUAUCUAAUUAUGAACCAAGUUCAAAUGGACCGAUAACAUUUUUGAGCAGCAACUUCACAGGCGGACGCAAUCAGCAUUUUCAUAAAACCAAUACCGGGACAAUAGUUACUGACCUGCCACUCGACGAAUCUGACCCAUUGACGAUCCUAGACAAUGGACUAUACUGGUACGCUUUUACACGGACGCGAAUUCUCGGAUUUAACAUAGAAAUCCACGCCUACUUUUACCUGACUGAUAUGAUAACACGGACGAUGUGAUAUUACGGAUUCUUACGGCGAGUUGGAUAUCAAGGUGCGUGUGCCUAAUCUCGUAUACGAGAUCCGUUUACGCGCCUCAAUUCCAGGCCUCGCCUACUUUCCAAUUCCGCGACUAACGAAACUAGUGACUUUAGUUUCGCCCGAGCAUGUACAAUGAAUUUUUAAGAUUUCGUCUGAUUUGCACGAGUGAACAAACGGUCACAGAGAACUCGAUAAACAAGCAAAUUAAAUUAUCAAUAAAUUGGGAGAAAAAAUAUUUUCCCGCCGGUCUAACAAACAAACGUUUGUUCUUGCGGAUAAACGAAGCGACACGAAACGACCUAUUGUGACUGACAGACGUUUAGCGACUAAACUUUUGCCGCAUAUAAUGACGGACGUUAUUUUCAGCUGCUAAUAUCAGCGAGCCAUGACGACAGGACGGUAUCGCGUGACUGUAAUAACAAUAUUCAUGAUACGUCAGAACAAUUUAUACACGAUUCAAUCGAGAUCCAGGGACAAUUCUAGAUUAUUAAAGCGUGCACGCUCGCGUCGAAAAGCGCCUCAUUACCGAUCAUAUUUUUCUCAUUACACAAAAAUGGUACCUUAUUAUCAUUAUUAUCAUAACAUGCUAUGACAUUCGUAAUUGUAUUAACUUAUUUCAUCAUGUUGACAUAUAGCCUGGCGAUUGUAUGAUACGAUUGUUACUGUUUAUCGUUAAAAUAAACGUAUUUAUUGUUGUUUUUUAAA